GUAAUUUGGUGCGGAUAUUCAUCUGCCAUCCCAAAUGCCCAAUAGCCUACGGUAGCUGGGCCUGCAAGAGUGCAAGCGACAGAGGGACGCCGCCUCACGCCCGGACGCCGCCUCACGCCCGGACGCCGCCACCGCGCCACGCCUCCACUCCUCUACUACUCCAGGCCUCCGCUCCAGCCUCACAGGGGCUCUCUCAGCCGCUCACCUCGCUGAAGACCUGAAGUCCUGGCCGCUGGGCUGCUGCCUGCCUGCUCAUGCUGACUGUGCUUACUAGUUACUGAUGAACCAGGCUAUACCAUCUUUUUUUGAGAACAACAAGAAUUCUCCGAUUAUUACAUUCUUCGUCAUCAUCGUUCCCAAAUCCAACUUCAUUAACAUCAAAAUAGCCAGUUUCACAUCCCUGAAUCUCUCUGGCGCAAAUGAAGCCGCAGGUUCGACCCACGCUUCACAGGUUUUCAUUGAAUUGGUUGUGGUUGAAAUGAGAGUAAGCUCUAAGUACUUCACAAGCUGCUAUACGGGAUCAAGUUGCUUUAUCAUCAGUCAAGCAUCGUAAACUGAACCGGGAACCUCUAUAUGGGACGGAGGGAGUAUCUUCUUAACCAUUUUAUCAAGCCCAAUAAGUACAUUUUCAAUGUUUACAGAACACAAAUUUUUCUUAAAGUCUUUAGUCCUCUGACCAGGUCUUGUAGUAAUUUCAGCAAGGCUCCUGACGAUGGCCAAGUACAGGUCUUUGCCUCACUGGUCACUCCAGCCCCUGCUGUUCUUUUCCCGCAAAGUACCCUUCUCCACUUCCCCUUUAUCCAUAGAACAUCCGCCCAUAUCUGCUGCUACUACUCAAGCAUUCCCACAUGAAAUAAAAGCCACAUGCUUUUCAGAGUUAGAGCAGCUAAUUAGACGCGGAUUAAUAAAUCCAGCAGAGAAGCUCGUUCAGAAGAUAGUGAGACAUUCAUCAUCAGUCCCUGAAGCCGUUUCUGCAGUUGAUUUUGCCCUUUCCAGGGGAGUGGAGCUUGACAUGAAGAGUUAUGGUUUUCUUAUCAGAAAGCUAUUGACUUGUGACGAGGCAAAGAUGGCAGAGGCCGUUUAUGUCGACUUCAUAUUGAACAGAGGAAUUGAGCCAGACCAUUUUUUAUUGAACUCGAUGGUUGUUUGCUAUUCUAAGUUAGGUAAGUUGGAAGAAUCCAAGUCUCAAUUCGAUAGACUUCUUAAGAUGGAAGUCAUGCCUUGUCGAGCCGCCUGCAGUGACAUUAUUACUGCAUUUUGUGCCCAAAACAGAUUCUUGGAGGGAUUUGAUGUGUUUCUAGCUGUCCAUGAUGCUGAAUUUUUACUGCAUUACCGGUGCUACAAUAGGUUGGUCGACGGGUUGAGCUCAAUAGGGAACUUAAACGAGGCACUAUACGUGUAUGACAUAAUGUGUGAUAAAAGUGUGCCUCCCACUAUUCAUUUACUCAAAACAUUAGUUUUUAUGCUUUGCCGGAAUGAGCGGGUUGAGGAGGCUGAAUUUUUGAGUAUGGAAACCGAAUCUUUUGGCUUCUUUAUUGAUAAAGUCAUGUACACAGCUCUUAUCAAUGGGUAUUGCCGGAAAGGAAGAAUGAAGAUGGCUCUCAGAUUGUUUUACAGAAUGCUGAAACUAGGAUGUCAUCCAGAUAACUACACAUGCAAUACAUUGAUACAUGGUUUUGUUAAGACAGGCAUGAUUGAUAAAAUUUUCGUGUUGUUUCACCAGAUGAAAGAGCUGGGAUUGAAGCUCAACGUUGUCAGUUACCAAAUCAUGAUUAGCAAGUGUUGCAAGGAUCUUAAAGUUGAUUGUGCAUUGACAUUGUUACAUAAUAUGAUGCAGUGCAACUUAGCACCCACGGUACACUGUUACACGCCUUUACUUGCUGCACUGGUCAAGGAAAAUCGGUUAGCAGAAGCUGAUCAAUAUUAUAACCAGCUGUUUGAUUCUGGACUUUUUCCUGAUGAUGUCCUCUUUUUUACAGUAGCAAAAAACUGUGUAGGGCAUGAAAUUGAUCUUGCACAUAAUUUUGUGACAGAAAUCGGAAGACAUGGGUGUGACAUUUCUAGCACCACUUAUAGUAGUAGCAGUAGUAAAUCUGUUGAUGACAUCAUACUUGAGAUUGAUAUGCUCCUAGAAGAAAUUUAUUCACGAAACUCAGGCUUAGCUCGUGUUGCUUUUAAUAUACACAUAAUUGCAAUGUGCUAUGCAGGGAAACUUGAUGCUGCUGAGUUAUGCAUGGAUAAAAUGUCAACUCUAUCUCUUCAGCCUUCUCUCCUAGCAUAUAACUCCAUGAUUUGGUGUCUCUGCCAAAUGGGACUAGGAAAUGAUGUUAUUUCCAUUCUGGAUCAGCUGGAAGCUACUAGAGUGAAGCCCACUGUUGCUAUGUAUGACUCUAUUAUAGGGUGUUUGGCUCGAGAAAAGAGAGUGUUGGAGGCAUCACAGUUGUUUGACAGGAUGCAUGAGGUUGGACUUUUCCCUGAUGAAACUGUGUAUGUGACAAUGAUUAGUGGUCUAUCAAAGAACAGACAAGCAGGUGCAGCUCGUGAGCUCUUUGACAAAAUGUUGAAGUAUGGUAUUCGACCAAGCUACCGAGCUUACACUGCACUAAUAAAUGGGCUUGUUAAGCAAAACAUGAUACAAGAGGGGCACAUAUAUCUCAGUAGAAUGUUAGAAGAGGGAUUUAUGCCUAAUGCUGCUUUGUAUACUUCCCUAAUCUACCAAUAUUUUAGAAAGGGAGAAAUUAGAUGUGCUCUUAAGUUAGUUGUUCUGAUGGAGAAAAGCCACAUAAAGAAAGAUGUGGUAACUCAUGUUGCAUUGGUCAGUGGUGUUUGCAGAAAUAUCCGAUACAUUAGUAGGAAAUGUCACAAGUCACAAAGACAAUCUGUUAAGGCAAUGGAGAUGCUUUACCAUUUACUAUGUGAGUAUACUAAUUUGCCCGGCCAGAAAGAUUUAGAAAACUUUAUCAUUUCAAGGGUUGGAAUAAAAGCCUUUGCACUAAAAUUGAUAGGUGAAGUGAAAAAAGGCAACUUUAUUCCCAACUUAUAUCUGCACAAUAGUGUGAUUGCUGGAUUAUGUUGGGCAAAUGACAUGGAAGGUGCAUACAAUCAUCUUGAUGUGAUGCAGAAAGAAGGGCUGCUUCCCAAUCAUGUGACUCUUACCAUUCUCAUUGAUGGGCAUUUUCGGAAAGGUAAAACCGAUCUUGCUGUUAAUCUUUUCAAUAAAAUGAAUGAGCAUGACUAUGUUCUUGAUGAUGUGGUAUACAACAUGUUGAUAAAGGGGUUUUGUAAGGCUGGAAGACCCCGUGAUGCAUUAUCUGUAUCAAAUAUUAUGCUUAAGAAAGGGCAUUCUCUUUCAAAGGCUUCCUAUGAAAAUCUACUCCAACUUUUUUGUGCAAAUAGAUGGACGGUCCAUGCUCUGAAAAUACUUGAAGAUAUGGUUUCCUGUGAAUAUACCCCUUGCAGAGGCAGUCUUAACUGGUUGUUGUGGAUAUUAUGUGAAGAAAAUAAAUUCAUUGAAGCUUGCAAUGUUCGAACUUUGAAGUCCAGGAUAAGAGUAUUGUCAAAGAAAGCAUCUAAGGGACUCUUCAUUUAGUAUGCAUCACUGCCACCAAGAGACUAUUCAGCUUUAUUUGGGAUUUGUCAGGGAUUAUGAUGUUAUCCUUCUGGGACUGGAGAUUGCAAGUCGGGGAGGAGCAGAUAGAGAUGCUACAGGGGUUGAGAAGGGGAAAAUUGAAGAAUAUGGAGUUUGUGAUAAGAGUAUGAGCGUGUACCCUCCUUGCUUUAGGCAGUGUGGAGGCUCUGUCCAAGUCAAAUUCAUUAGCCGGAGAAGGGAAAGGGAUUGGAUUGUGUGGACCAAGGACCGAAGGCCAUACAUUUGGACUUCUUAUGUGACAAAAAAUUCGAGCUGGGACACAGAUGAGCUGUAUGUGGCAUUCAUGAGAUUGUUACCAUGAUAUUGCAAAUGAAAUUCUGAUCCAUCUACAGAGGUUGCAGUAUGUGGCGUUCAUGACAUUGUUGGGAGCUAUCUUCGGGGAAGAUGAUUGGCAGUGCUAGCGAACGUGAUGGACUCUACUUCCUUGACCAAGACAAUCUUCCUAAAAGUCAAGCACAUUCCUCUAGUUCGGUUAGACCUAUUGUUUUUUCUGAUGAAAUAAUGUUAUGGCACUAUCGUUUAGGCCAUCCCAGUUUCAGUUAUUUGCAACAUAUGUUUCCAGCAUUAUUUCAAAAUAAAAGCAUGUCUUCCUUUCAAUGUGAAGUGUGUCAAUUAGCUAAACAUCAUAGAUCAGUUUUUCCUUCUCUAAAGUAUAUUCCAUCUAAACCAUUUGCUCUUGUGCAUAGUGAUAUUUGGGGACCAGCACAAGAUAAAAAUAUUACUGGUACUAGAUGGUUUAUAACAUUUAUAGAUGAUCACACUCGAACAACUUGGAUCUAUCUCCUAAAAGAAAAAUCUCAAGCUGCAUCUAUCUUCAAAAAAUUCCACUCAAUGAUUCACACUCAAUUUCAAUAAAAAAUUCAAGUCCUUAGGACAGAUAAUGGUCGUGAAUACUUUAACUCUGUCCUAGGGGAUUUCCUUACUCAAGAAGGAAUAAUUCAUCAUAGCUCGUGUCAAUACCCCUCAGCAAAACGGCAUAGCCGAACGAAAAAACAGACAUUUAUUAGAAGUUGCUCAUUCUCUCUUAUUCUCUAUGAAUGUCCCUAAGAAAUUUUGGGGGGAGGCUGUCCUUACUGCAUCAUAUCUCAUAAAUCGCAUGCCAAGUCGUGUCUUAGGUUUCUCAACACCAUUACAAACUCUUCAAUUCUGUUUCCCACUCAAUAGGUCAUUUACUACUCUACCCACCAAAGUGUUUGGCAGCACAGUUUUUGUUCAUACUCAUGCUCAACAGAGAAGUAAACUUGACCCGAGAUCUAAAAAAUGUCUCUUCCUUGGGUUCUCUCCUACUCAAAAGGGUUACAAAGCUUUUGAUCCACACACGGGUAAAGUUAUAGUGAGUAUGGAUGUCACUUUCUUUGAAAAUACUCCUUUCUUUUCCAAAACUGAUCUUCAGGGGGAGAAAAAUAUUAUACUUGAAGAUCAGCCAGUCGUCCCUACUGAAUAUGUCCUACCUAAUCCGGUGAUUCCUGCUGAAAAUGAACAUGUUCCGGUAAUACUGUGUCCCCAAACAACGUCCCAGCCUAUUCUUCGGGUUUACUCCAGGCGUCCUCGUCAAGGGGUGACACCAACACCUUUGCUAGCACCAUCAACAUCUGAUCCGACUAUAAUUCCAGGUAAUUCUAAUAUUCUUGAGUCUGAUUUUGUUCCCAUCACUGAUCCAGAUCCCAAUCUCCCCAUUGCCCUUAGAAAAGGUACUAGAGUGCACAAAACACCCAAUCAUCCAUCAUUAAUCUUAUGCUAAUCUUUCCUCUAGCUAUAGAACCUUUACUACAAGUAUUGCUGAUGAUGAGAUUCCUAAGUCUAUACAUGAAGCUCUAGCUAUUCCUAGCUGGAAAGAGUCCGUUCUAGAAGAAAUGCGUGCUCUUAAAAAGAACAACACAUGGACACUGACCAAACUUCCUCCAGGCAAACAUACUGUAAGUAGUAAAUGGAUCUUUACAAUCAAAUAUAAAGCUGAUGGAACAGUGGAGAGAUUCAAAGCACGGCUGGUUGCUAGGGGCUUUACACAAACAUACGGAAUGGACUAUGAAGAAACAUUUGCUCCCGUGGCAAAACUGAACACAGUAAGAGUCCUACUUUCGUUAGCAGCAAAUCAUGAGUGGCCUUUACAUCAAUUUGAUGUGAAGAAUGCAUUCCUUAAUGGGGAAUUGAAAGAGGAAGUUUUCAUGGAAAUACCACCAGGUUUUGAUAAUUAUAACACAGUGGGAAAAGUGUGCAGGUUAAAUAAGUCAUUGUAUGGCUUAAAGCAAUCUCCAAGGGCAUGGUUUGAGAAGUUUGCAAAGACAAUUAAACAAGAAGGUUACACUCAGUCACAAGCUGAUCACUCAUUGUUCUACAAACACUCCUCAGAUGGGAAAAAAGCCAUUCUCAUAGUGUAUGUAGAUGAUAUUGUAAUGACAGGUGAUGAUGUUGCAGCACUAGAGAAACUGAAACAACUUUUAGCCACACAAUUUGAAAUCAAAGACCUUGGAAAUCUGAAAUAUUUUCUAGGAAUGGAAGUGGCAAGGUCAAAGAAAGGGAUAGCUCUUUCCCAAAGGAAAUAUGUCCUAGACUUGCUCAAGGAGACAGGCUUACUCGGAUGCAAACCGGCUGUGACUCCUAUUGAUCCAAACCAAAAGCUUUCUUUAGAUGAUGGGAGCACUCCCACAGAUACAACCAGGUAUCAAAAACUGGUAGGGAAACUCAUAUAUCUCUCUCUCACACGGCCUGAUAUUGCUUUUGCAGUUAGCUUGGUGAGCCAGUUUAUGCAUUGUCCAAAUGACACUCAUCUUAAGGCUGUGUACAGAAUAUUACAUUACCUAAAGGGAAGUCCGGGAAAAGGUAUUUGGUUUGAAAAAAAUGAGGGCAGGAAACUAGAAGUAUUUACAGAUGCUGAUUGGGCAGGAAACAUUAAUGACUGAAGAUCAACCACAGGAUAUUGUACUUUCCUGUGGGGUAACCUUGUCACAUGGAGAAGCAAGAAACAAGAUGUUGUAUCACACAGUAGUGCUGAAUCAGAAUACAGAGCCAUGGCUUCAGGUGUUUGUGAACUCAUUUGGAUAAGAAGAAUCUUGAAGGAAAUUAAAGAGGAAAUUGAGCAACCCAUGAAGCUGUUCUGUGAAAAUAAAUCUGCUAUAAAUAUAGCAAACAAUCCUGUUCAACAUGACCGUACGAAGCACAUAGAGAUUGACAGAAAUUUCAUUAAAGAAAAGCUUGAAAGUGGAGAAAUUUGCAUGCCUUAUGUCUCUACUCAAGAGCAAUUGGCAGAUGUGCUUACAAAGGGUCUAUUCAAAUCAGCAUUUAACGAACUAAUCAGCAAGCUGGGCAUGAUUGAUAUCUUUGCACCAGCUUGAGGGGGAGUGUCGAAUAACUAUAGAAUAGGUCAAUUAGUUACACGUUGUUACUAUAGAUUAGGAUUAAGUUGUAAUUAAUUAUUGUAAAUCUUAUCCCUUCUUUGUAGGAUCGGUUGUUGUAUUGUAUUAUAAAUAUAACACUCAAUGAAAGAAGUAUUCAGAUUGGCUAAUCAUUUUAAUCUUUAGUAUUUGUUUAAGGUUUUAUAAAGCUUGUAGUUGCUGUUAGAGUUUUUCUUAGUGGAAGAGUUUUUCUGAAUAGAAAUAUGAAUGCACCACACUAGUGCAAUCACUUUUAGCUUUUGUGAUUUGCAGGUCUUGUUGUCUAUCUUGGUUGGAACAUUGUACCUGUUACCAUAGCUGGGUCCAAUUUUAUAUUUAACCACUUCAUUAAGAUUAGUUAACUUUUGUUUCUCUCAGGCCCAACAAUCUAAUUUCUUGCUAUCAUCUAUUUCAUAUCAGGUGUCCCUGGAGCCUAUGUCUUAUGGUAUCAUCCUCUAUAUUUGUGCAAUGAGGACUGUUAGUGCAUUGAAAAUCAGCUGGGUUUUUUUGUGUUAUAUGUGGUAUCUUGCCAGCAAUUGAACUUUUAAAUGGAAAUGUUCUGGUUUGGGUCAAGUUGAUGGUGGCUUAGGCCGGUAGUGGUGACUGCUCGGCGGCAAACUCUGAUAGAGGUGACGGUUAAACUCUUGCUAGAUCUGCGGCCGUGAGCAGUGGCGGUUUGGUGACUUAGGGGUAGUAGUCCUUCAAUUUUAUGAGGUUAUCUUUGUUCAAUCACAAAUAAAAAAAGUUGUAUGUAUGGCUUUUUUAACUAGUAGAUCGUAUUUUUGAAAAAAUGCAAUGUUUUUGUCAUAUUUGGAGAGUUCUACUAAAAGAGGAACCCGCUCAACGAUCAAA